UGGGGAGCCCUUGCUCAGCUCUGGAAGCCUAUGGCUGAUCCCUCAGCCCUGGCCCAGUCUGAAUGGCCCGGUGGUCUGCUCGUCCUUCCCAGGGGCUUUCCCCUGGACAGCAAGGCCAGCUCUGUGGGCCAUCCCAGAUAGCCUGACUUCUCAGAGCCAGGGGGUGAGGGUGGAGACUGCCCCCAAAGCACAGGAAUUUCGAUCAGGAAGGUAAAGGGGGGGUGGGGGAGUGAUAUUUAUUCAGCAGGUUUUUCCCGAGGCCUAGUCACCAUGGGCCAGACCUUGGGGGUCACUGGAGGUCCCGGUCUGAAGGGAGGUUACCCAAGUGACUCGGUGGCCCCGAGUGUAGCUGCCAAUCUUCAGUCUUCGCUUGGGACCACCCCGGGCAGCCUCUGGCACUCGUGGGGAACAGGGUGAGGAAGAAUGAAGAGAGACAGGGCAAACACAGCCCCAGGGUUUCCCAGCUCUGAGCCGAGCCUGGGUCCCCUCCCUCAGACAGGUAUGCAGGGAGGGGCUGCCCUGCAGGGGUGGGGCUGCUGACCUGCUGAGAUCCAGGGGCCCUGGCUGCAUGCACAGCCUGGGCUGUGGCUGGCUGUGGAUGUCCAGGCCCCGGGGCCAAGCCCCUCUUAGGCCACUUCCUCCACCUGAGGAAGAGGAGAAUGGGGAGGAAGGCGGGUCAGGGGAGGUGGCCAGGUCAGGUGGCUCCGGUUUCCAGCUGCUGUCUCUGCUGCCCACCCCACGGAGCCGAGCUGCAAGCUCCUUCCCAGGCAACCAGACACCUUGGCCUGGUGAGGCCGUGAUGGCGGUACUGAUAGGUGGGCUCAGGGCCAUAGCGACAGGUGGCCACCUCCUCCCUGCCCGCAGCUUGGCCCGCCCUGCUCUCCCCCCUGCCAGCGGGCAGAAGCUGACACUCUGCUGAGGGACCAGGCCUUAGACACGAGAGAGAAGUCUGCCGGUGGGCAGGGAGGGUCAGGUGGCUGGCGCCCAUCAGAUGGGUGUGGCCAGAGAAACCACCCGGAUGAGCAUCUGUUUCAUCUAGGUGGGGGUGGGAGGGGGUACCUAGCUCACAGGCCUCUGGAACAUGCAGCGGCUGGGAGCCCCCCGACCCCGGGGCCGCGCCCCCCUGGGCAGCACCCGGCAGGUAGGGCUUGCCUCCACCGAAGUGCUAUCUUCCUGGCCCUUCCGUAGAUCUCUGACCCCACCCUGGGCCUGGCUCCAUCUUUCAGAGUCUCCAGGGGACAAGGGAAGGGCAGGGCAGGGCUGGUUGGACCACAGGAGGGUCAGUGGGUUGGGGAUGAGCGGGGGCUUUAAGGCAUUUUCCUGGUGGGCCUCCUGGCCUUGUCGGUGAGAGCGACUGGACAGUUUGCUCAGCCCUGCUGGUUCAGGCUGUUCUCGGAGCCCUCUGGGGUCUCUCUCCUGCUCUUUCGUGAGGAAGUAGGCUGGCAGGAGGGGAGCCUGGCCACCUGUGGUAGAUGUGCCAGUCACCCUGCCUGCCGUCUUGGCUCUCAGAGGUUGUCGGGGACAGGGGCCAAGGCUAUCUCAGUGGUUGGGGAGCCUGCCCGGAUUUGGGGGUUACCUGGGCCCUCAGCCCCCUCUCCUGGCUUUCCAGGACCUCAGCCUCGCAGGACUCAGGGGCAGGAUGGGUACAACACUCCUUCCCCAGCCCCAGUUGGUUCUCCACCGGGCCUAACUUAUGUGCCUCCUUAUCUCUCCAUAGCCUGAUCUGCUCAACUUCAAGAAAGGAUGGAUGUCGAUCUUGGACGAGCCUGGGGAGGGCAGCUUAGGGGGCCGGGGCCCCCACGGUCGACCUGGCCAGACCCAGGACAGCUGUAGAGUGGUGCACGCACACACCCUUUCGUCCCACCCUCCCUGCCGCCCCGUCCCCUCGCUCACCGCCACGUCUCCUUCACAGUGGAAGAAGCAUUGGUUUGUGCUGACAGAUUCAAGCCUUAAGUACUACAGGGACUCCACCGCAGAGGAGGCAGACGAGCUGGAUGGCGAGAUCGACCUGCGCUCCUGCACGGAUGUCACCGAGUACGCGGUGCAGCGCAACUAUGGCUUCCAGAUCCACACCAAGGAUGCUGUCUACACCUUGUCGGCCAUGACCUCGGGUAUCCGGCGAAACUGGAUCGAGGCUCUGAGGAAGACCGUGCGGCCAACCUCCGCCCCGGAUGUCACCAAGCUCUCGGACUGCAAUAAGGAGAACACGCCGCACAGCACCCAGAAGGGCUCCCUGAAGGCGGGGGAGCAGCGGGUGGGCUCUGAGGUCAUCGGUCGGGGCGGCCCGCGGAAGGCAGACGGGCAGCGGCAGUCCCUGGACUACGUGGAGCUCUCCCCGCUGACUCAGGGCUCCCCGCAGCGGGCCCGCACCCCGGCCCGCGCUCCCGACCGCCCGGCCAAGCAGGAGGAGCUGGAGCGGGACCUGGCGCAGCGCUCCGAGGAGCGUCGCAAGUGGUUUGAGGCCACGGACGGCAGGCCUGUGGAGACGCCGGCCGGCGAGGCGCCGCGCCGGGGCCCGGGGGCCCCCCUGACCGAGGACCAGCAGAGCCGCCUCAGUGAGGAGAUUGAGAAGAAGUGGCAGGAGCUGGAGAAGCUGCCCCUGCGGGAGAACAAGCGGGUGCCUCUCACCGCCCUGCUCAACCAAAGCCGCGGGGAGCGCCGCGGGCCCCCGCGUGACAGCCACGAGGCGCUGGAGAAGGAGGUCCAGUGUCUCCGCGCCCAGCUGGAGGCAUGGCGCCUUCAAGGAGAGGCCCCUCAGAGUGCACCCAGGCCCCAGGAGGACAGCCAUAUCCCCCCGGGCUACAUCUCGCAGGAGGCGUGCGAGCGCAGCCUGGCCGAGAUGGAGUCCUCGCACCAGCAGGUGAUGGAGGAGUUGCAGCGGCACCAUGAGCGGGAGCUGCAGCGGCUGCAGCAGGAGAAGGAGUGGCUCCUGGCCGAGGAGACGGCGGCCACGGCCUCGGCCAUCGAAGCCAUGAAGAAGGCCUACCAGGAGGAGCUGAGCCGGGAACUGAGCAAGACACGGAGUCUCCAACAGGGUCCAGAUGGCCUUCGCAAGCAGCACCAGUCGGACGUGGCGGCGCUGAAGCGGGAGCUGCAGGUGCUGUCCGAGCAGUACUCGCAGAAGUGCCUGGAGAUCGGGGCCCUGACGCGGCAGGCCGAGGAGCGUGAGCACACGCUACGGCGCUGCCAGCAGGAGGGCCAGGAGCUGCUGCGCCACAACCAGGAGCUGCACGCCCGCCUGUCAGAGGAGAUCGACCGGCUGCGCGGCUUCAUUGCCUCGCAGGGCACCAGCGACGGCUGUGGACGCAGCAGCGAGCGGAGCUCCUGUGAGCUGGAGGUGCUGCUGCGGGUGAAGGAGAACGAGCUCCAGUACCUGAAGAAGGAGGUGCAGUGCCUCCGGGAUGAGCUACAGAUGCUGCAGAAGGACAAGGAGCGCUUCGCUUCGGGAAAGUACCAGGAUGUGUACGUAGAGCUGAACCACAUCAAGACACGCUCGGAACGGGAGAUCGAGCAGCUGAAGGAGCACCUGCGCCUUGCCAUGGCUGCGCUGCGGGAGAAGGAGUCGAUGCGCAACAGCCUGGCCGAGUAAAGGUCCUGGUGGCCGAGCCCCGCAGCAGACGCCCCCAGACUGAGGGGACCAGUCAGUCGCCCUCCUUCCUGCCGGAUGGAAGUCAGAAGCCAAGCUUUCUCCCCGCCCGCUGUGGGCCGCACGUGCACUCGUCCCCACCACACACACGCACACAGGUGCACACACACACGCGCGCGCACACACACACACACACACACACACACACACACUCUGCGUAUCUGAGCGCGCCCCUCGCACUGGGUCUUACCUUUUGCACCUUCUUCAGGAUUUUAUAUGUGAAGAGAUUUUUAUAUAGAUUUUUUUUCCUUCCCCCCCCCCAACACUUUAUACUUUGAAAAAACCAAUUCCUGGACGCUGGCUCCCCCUCUGUCUCCAGCCACGGGGGGCUCAGGCUUCUGGGCCCGUGGCCCUGCCCCAGGGGGUGAGGGGGGGGGGUCCAGCAGGGGCGCAGCAGCGGCCACGGCAGCGUUGACUCUGGUGGGAGAGGCAGGGAGCCAGCCAGCCACCCUCUUCCUACCCUACCUCCCACUAACUACUUCCUGCCCCGAGGGGACCCACACCUUGGGACUCUGGACAGAGGGACAGAUGGGCAGAGGGAGCCGGCAGCUCCCUAAGGCUUCACCUCCUCCUCUGAGGGGGUGCUGGGCACGGAACCACUGGAGCCGCCCCAUGAAGGCGUUUCUCUUCUGCUCCAUGAGCCUUCUUAACUUAAUAAAAUAUUCCCGCGGCU